AUGCUUGAGAUAUUCGAACAAGACUCUGAGGAAAUGAGGACAAUAUGGGAGAAGGAAAAACAGGAAAUGAAUAUGGGAGAGUUUCUCAAGGCCCAACAAUUGCUUUUCAGACUAUCAAGAAACGGAAAGAAGAAUUAUUGGAAGGAGUUAUGGUCAGCGAUCUCAGAGUCUCGAAACAGGAAUGUCCACAAACUUGAUCUGUUAAUAUCAAUCAAACAAGUCACAGAGUAUAAGGACUUGAACUUUGGUCUGAUUUUCGAAGCUAUAUUUGGAAUUUCUCGGGAGGAAGUUCAAGCUUUGUUGGAAAUGGACGAACGUUGUGGUGGAAUAUUCCGAGUGGAGAGUAUUGUGGAAUACCAUGGAACGCUUUACGCUAGACAAAUACCACAAAGAUUUCUCCCACUAUUCAAGCAAUGGCUGGAAGGAGUUCGAAAAGUUCAAAAUCAGAUUGAUGAUAGGACAGAAUUAACCGCCUGUCGAGGACACGCUACACUAACAGCAUCGGCGUUGACUUCAAAAAUUGAUGAUAAACUUCUUCAAGCAGUCAAAAGACUUGGUCGGAGAUGCGAAGAAAGCUAUAUAGAAGAUAACUUUCAACCAGCCGAGAGUAAUCACAGCAAAAUAAUCGCAGAAGAUUGGAGGAAAAGAGCAAUUUUGUCCAAGUUUAGAGCGAUACAGGCCAAGGCAAAACAGGACAGUGCGGAUGUGGAGACACAUUCGAAGUAG